AGACACCACACUGUUGCUAGCUUUCAGUCAAUCCUUUCCUCACCAACUCUGUCACACCCCUACAGCCAACGUCACAUCCUCCGCCCAAUCAUGUGACCACAGGCUAGCCCCGCCCCCAGCUUUCAUCCCCUCUUACACACGGCGGCCGUGACGUCAGUGCAGAUGACGUGUGACAAUGUUCCAGAAGGUAGGCAGAGCCGGGGGCCGUCUCUGCCGUGUCGCCGCUGUCAGCGCUGGAGGGGGCGGGCUGUUGUGGAGCCGAGUGACGGAUCUGGCCGCCGCGGUAAUUGAGCCGUUCUCUUCCUCCCCGUAGUCCCGGGAAGUUUCCUCUCCGCUUGUCCGGAGCGCUCCGUCAAGUUCCAUGGUUGAUUCGGACCGACAUGAGCCGCCCGUCCUCCGCCGGACCCUGUGCUAGCAAGCCCUGCGGUAAACAGAAGCAGCAGCCUCCGCCGCCGCCUCACACUCCAUCCCCUGCGGUCACCAGCACCACGAUCUCCGCUGCCUCCGGCCCUGCCGCCCCUCCACAGUCCCCGGCGGCGGCAGCGGCGAUCUCGGGACAAGUGUCCCAGCAGCAGCAGCACCACGAGCUGACCUCCCUGUUCGAGUGCCCGGUAUGCUUCGACUAUGUGCUGCCCCCCAUCCUGCAGUGCCAGGCAGGGCACCUGGUGUGUAACCAAUGCCGACAGAAGCUGAGCUGCUGCCCCUCGUGCCGGGCGUCCCUCACCCCCAGCAUCCGGAACCUGGCGAUGGAGAAGGUGGCCUCUGCUGUCCUCUUCCCCUGCAAGAUUUCUAAAGCCUUCCAGAAUUUGACCAUAGAAGGCCUCCAAAAAGGGUCCUCUAAUCCCUACCGGAUAGAAUUUGGAGGGAGGUUUCAGUAUGCCUCUACGGGAUGCUCUCUGUCUCUCCACCACACAGAAAAACCUGAACAUGAGGAUGUCUGUGAAUAUCGCCCCUACUCAUGCCCCUGCCCUGGAGCUUCUUGCAAAUGGCAAGGUUCCCUGGAAGCGGUUAUGCCCCACCUCACACAUGCUCACAAAAGCAUUACCACCCUUCAAGGAGAAGACAUAGUCUUCCUUGCUACCGACAUUAACUUGCCCGGAGCUGUUGACUGGGUCAUGAUGCAGUUCUGUUUUAGCCACCAUUUUAUGUUGGUGCUGGAAAAACAAGAGAAGUACGAGGGACACCAGCAGUUCUUUGCCAUCGUUCUCUUAAUAGGCACACGAAAACAAGCGGAGAACUUUGCCUACAGACUUGAACUGAAUGGAAACCGAAGGCGUCUAACAUGGGAAGCCACGCCGCGAUCCAUACAUGAUGGAGUUGCGGCAGCCAUCAUGAACAGUGAUUGUUUAGUUUUUGACACAGCGAUUGCACAUCUUUUUGCUGAUAAUGGGAACCUGGGCAUCAAUGUGACCAUAUCUACUUGUUGUCCGUGAUCUCUGUUUUUGUGUUCUUUGUAAAGAAGGUACAUAUUUAUGUGGCUCCUUUGGAAUAGUGCUGUCUGCAUUUUAUAUUUUAUUAAAGUGAACUCACUUUUUCCAAUAAUCAUUGCCAACGUUUUAUAGAGACUAUAUAUGUAGUUGCAUAUUAUGACUAAGGCUGUGAAUCGUUCCUUAAAGAGCUAAAUAAUACUUUUUUUUUUUUUUUUUUCCUUUUUUUUUUUCCCAUUGAAAAUGAUGACUGUUCUUUUUGAUUGUCAAAAAAAAAUUUGGAAGUUUUGGAACUACAGCAGGAGAAACCUAAGCAACGUUGCAUGGUUGUCUGUCAUAAAAUGGUCAAGUUUUGUAUGUGCAAAACAAACACGUUCAGCAGAGCAUUGCUGUGUAAUGUUUUUUGAGCGAUGUAUAGACCAAACUGUAUGUGCCGGCGUCAGAUUUGUAUUUUGCUAUUCUUUGUCUGUGUAUUAAAGAGGAAUUCCCUGCUGGUAAUUUUGCUUUCCUGGCCCCAUCCGUCCUGUUUGCAGUCACUGGAGGUGGUUGGGCAGCCAAAUCGUAUUUUGUGUAGCUUUGGGAGAUAUGUAAACAGCGUAGCUUCCAGAGUUAAGUCAAUGGGAGUUAAACAAAUUGCCUGCUUUGGAUGAGAAUUACAUUGCUCGAAAAAUAAAGGGAACACUUAAACACAAUGUAACUCCAAGUCAAUGACACUUCUGUGAAAUCACACUGUCCACUCAGGAAGCAACACUGAUUGACAAUCAAUUUCACAUGCUGUUGUGCAAAUGGAACAGACAACAGGUGGAAAUUAUAGGCAAUUAGCAAGGUACCCCCCAAUAAAGGAGUGGUUCUGCAGGUGGUGACUACAGACCACUUCUCAGUUCCUAUGCUUCCUGGCUGAUGAUUUGGUCACUUUGACUGCUGGCGGUGCUUUCACUCUAGUGGUAGCAUGAGACGGAGUCUACAACCCACACAAGUGGCUCAGGUAGUGCAGCUCAUCUAGGAUGGCACAUCAAUGCGAGCUGUGGCAAGAAGUUUUGCUGUGUCUGUCAGCUGCACAGCCCUCCAUGUGCUUGCCAGAGGUAGCCUGACUGCCAUUAGGUACCGAGAUGAGAUCCUCAGACCCCUUGUGAGACCACAUGCUGGUGCGGUUGGCCCUGGGUUCCUCCUAAUUCAAGACAAUGCUAGACCUCAUGUGGCUGGAGUGUGUCAGCAGUUCCUGGAAGAGGAAGGCAUUGAUGCUAUGGACUGGCCCUCCCAUCCCCCAGACCUGAAUCCAAUUGAGCACAUCUGGGACAUCAUGUCUCUCUCCAUCCACCAAUGCCACGUUGCACCACAGACUGUCCAGGAGUUGGUGCUUUAGUCCAGGUCUGUGAGAACAUCUCUCAGGAUACCAUCCCCCACCUCAUCCGGAGCAUGCCCAGACAUUGUAGAGAGGUCAUACGGGCACGUGGGGGCCACACACACUACUGAGCCUCAUUUUGACUUGUUUUAAGGACAUUACAUCAAAGUUGGAUCAGCCUGUAAUGUGGUUUUCCACUUUGAUUUUGAGUGUGACUCCAUAUCCAGACCUCCAUGGGUUGAUAAAUUUGGUUUCCAUUGAUAAUAUUUGUGUGAUUUUGUUGUCAGCACAUUCAACUAUGUAAAGCCAAAAGUAUUUCAUACAAUUAGUUCAUUCAUUCUGAUCUAGGAUGUGUUAUCUUAGAGUUCCCUUUAUUUUUCUGAGCUGUGUAAUAUUACUUUCUUACCUCCGGUGGCUAGGAAACUGAAAUUGCGAGAUGGAAGUAGCCAUUUAAAGCACACAUUUUUCUGUUUCAUUAAGGCACAUCAGCCGAGUUUGCUUUCAGACUUGUUUAGUUGUAUCAGCAAGUAUCUGUCUAAUAAAAUGAAGCAUACUUUGGAUGAAUACAUCGAUAUUCUGAUUAGAUCAUUUAGUUUUCUUUUAAGUGGAUGUAAGAAUUUUUAUUAUAACUGUACACUUGGUCUGGUUCUAUUUCUGCCAGCCAGACUCUCAAAAUGCAUAUUUUCACCAUUAUAAAAAUGGCUUUCAGUUCACAAUCCUUUGUACCCCAAUCUGCCCCUAAGAUCAUUUGUUGAAAAGUUAUAGUAGACUGAUCCCCUAUAACACCCUUUUUCUUCUAAGUUUAUAAAGAUAUUUUUCCAAAACCUCUUAAUAACCACACAAUCCCAAAUAACGUGUGUACACUUAAGCGCAACUGUCACGCUAAAUUGGCAUAUAGAACUGUCCACACUGAUUAAAAGCUGUUUCCAUGUAUAAUGCCGCCAUACCUUUUGGCUGUUUAUGCUGUGGCUUGGUCUCCAUAAAACAAACAUUAUUCAGCAGUCGUGAACCUUUGCAGAGGCGUGUCCAAGGGUUUGCAAUGCCCCGCGCCCGCCACACCUCACUCAUUUGCCGCUGUGUGAUUGUGUAAGUGCUGUCACUCAGUAUUAUGGCUCCCACUGCCUACCUCUAGUGUCGGGACUUCUCUGCGGCAGACACUAGUGCAGUGGUUUCCAACCAGGGUGCCUCCAGCUGUUGCAAAAAUACAACUUUGAGCAUGCUGGGAGUUGUAGUUUUGCAACAGCUGGUUGGGAAACACUGCACUGAUAGGGUGCCGUGACACUGAGUGAUGGCGCAUGCGUGGCAGACCUGUGUCAGUCACCCAGCGGCAAUGGAGCCCCGGCGCAUUACAAACCCCUGGCGAUGCCACUCCGACUGUUAAUGAUUGCUGAACAAAGUAUUUAUUAUGCAUAAAGGAACAAGCACGCAAUAAGCAGCCAAAGGUACUUCCAGUACUUAUCAGCUGCUGUAUGAUCCACAGGAUCUUUUUGAAUUUCCUUUCUGCUUUACCACAGUGCUCUCUGCUGACACCUCUAUCCAUCUCAGGAACUAUCCAGAGCAGGAUAUGUUUUCUAUGGGUUUGCUUCUACUCUGGACAGUUCCUAAAAUGGAAAAAAAAAGUCUCAGCAGAGAGCACUGUGGUCAGGCAGAAAGGAAAUUCAGAAAGAAAAGAACUUCCUGUGGAUCAUACAGCAGCUGAUAAGUACUGAAAGGAUAAAGAUUUUUUUUAAUAAAAGUAAUUUACAAGUCUGUUUUUUACUUUCUGGCACUAGUUGAUGUGGAUUACCCCUUUAAUCAGUGUGGACAGUUCUUUAUGCCAAUUUCAUGUGACAUUUGCCCUUUAAAUGGGUUGUCCCAUUCUUCAGCCUCAUUCACACCAGCAUAUUUGAUUCGUAUUUUGCAUUCAGAAUCUAGAAUUAGAGAUGAGCGAACUUACAGUAAAUUCGAUUCGUCACGAACUU